CAUCGACGACUUUGAAUACAUCCCAUCCCAUCCCGAACCCCCAACCUCUCUCCGCCCACCACUCCUUCUCCACCCCCUUCCCCGGCCCUCCGCUUUCGAUUCCACCCGUGGCCCUUUUCGCACCCGCAACUUCAUCCCCAUCUCGCUCGCCCCCUGCUUUCGUACUUCCCGUGCCAUCCGCGUUCCUUGUUCCAGCCCUACGUAGGUGGUGGCCACGCUAUUCACCCCUUGCGCGUCUCCCGAAAAAGAACCCAUACCCCUUCGACUCCGGCCUUUGGCUUGCGGCUCAACCUUCCGACCGCUCUCCUUCCGCUACACACUCCACUUCUCUCCACCACACAAUGGCCGUCUCGAUACAAGACCGGACGGACGAGUUCCGCUCCAUCCUCCAACAAGCCCAGCGGAAACAGGCGCAGUCCAAGACGGGGGCACAGCGCCAAUCACUCCUCUCCGCUUCCCAGAAAGCCGAAUCCGAUGGCGCAGCCGCAAAGCGCAAGCACUCGGAAUUCCAGCGGAGUGCAAGAGACGUUGCGCGCGGAAUAUCUGGCACAAUGGCGAAGCUGGAACGGUUGUCACAGCUGGCGCGGCGGAAGACGCUCUUCGACGACCGGCCGGUCGAAAUCGACGAGCUCACAUACGUCAUCAAGCAAGACAUGGCGCAACUUUCGCGGCAGAUCCAGGAGCUUCAGAUGUUGACAUCGAAGCAGCAUCCCAAGAGCAGGCCCGGAGCAGACCAGGAGGGGGAGCACAACCAUCAAGUGGUGGUUAUGCUCAAGGACAAGUUGCAGAACGUGGGAGGAAGCUUCAAAGAUGUACUUGAGGUCCGGACCAAGAACAUGCAAGCCUCGCGGUCGCGAACGGAACAGUUCCUAUCGGCUGCUGCAUCUCACUCACAAUCAAGCCUUGAUCCCAGUAGGACGGAUUCGCCGCUGUACCAAACCCCGCAACGCGGCCGCUCACCGGGCGGCUUCCAAAACACCAACGCCGCCCAACAAGACCUCCUUUCUCUGGACCCUUCGGGCUCGUCUGCGUUGACGCGGGGCGGACAGCAGUCAGAUGCGCAGCUCAUGCUCAUGGAAGAAGCGCAGGCGCCGAACCAGUACAUUCAGCAGCGAGGCCAGGCCAUUGAAUCCAUCGAAAGCACCAUUUCGGAGCUGGGCAGCAUCUUCGGGCAGCUGGCGCAGAUGGUGUCUGAGCAGGGCGAGCAGAUCCAGCGCAUCGACGCCAACACCGAGGACGUGGUGGACAACGUGGAAGGUGCGCAGCGCGAGCUCAUGAAGUACUGGAGUCGCGUCCAAGGCAACCGGUGGUUGGUUGCGAAGAUGUUUGGUGUUUUGAUGAUAUUUUUCCUCCUCUGGGUACUUAUUGCCGGAUAA